CUGAGGGCUUGCACAAUGUUUACCGUAUCCAAGCAACGUAAUGAACGAGCCUCAAACCGAAGGCUGGACAAGCGCAGCUUAUUCGUCAUUUCGAGAAGCAUGGACUCUGCCUACUUUCCUCGUAUUCACGUCGAAAGAACUUUAGCACUCAUUAAGCCGGAUGCAAUUCAUAAAAGUGAAGAGAUUGAGGACAUCAUUCUGAGAAAGGGCUUUUCUAUUUUGCAGAAGAGGAAACUGCAGAUGACUCCAGAACACUGCAGUGACUUCUAUGCAGAACAUUAUGGAAAGCUACAUUUUCCCAGUUUGACUGCCUACAUGAGCUCUGGUCCGAUUGUUGCCUUGACUCUGGCCCGAGAAAAUGCAAUAGCCCAGUGGAAAUCAAUCAUUGGACCCACUAAGGUCACAAAAAGUCAAACAAAAUGGCUUCGAGCAAAAUAUGGCACGUCUGAACUGCAGAACGCUCUCCAUGGCAGUGAGUCAUUUCAUGCUGCUGCCCGAGAGAUCAAAUUCAUGUUCCCCAACACUUUUAUUGAGGCCUUUCCCACAAGAGCAGAAACUGAAGAAUACCUGAGCCGAUAUGUGAAUGAAACAUUGCUACACGGACUCACUGAGCUAUGCAAGCACAAGCCACUCAACCCCUGUGUUUGGCUGGCUGACUGGCUCAUCAAAAACAAUCCAAAUGGGCCUCAAAUAUGUGAUGGAGCUUUUGUAAAAGAAGUAAAAUGACUGCUGGAGAAUGGGUAAUAUAGCGGAAACUUCAGUGGGAAUUCAUGUCCUGUAAAGUGAAUCAAGAUAAGAUAAGAAAACCUUUAUUAGUCUCGCAAUGGAGAAAUUCCCAAUUAACAG